ACAUCUUUACCCUUUUACUUUCUUCAUCUCCAGUAUUGAUGUUGCUAAGGAAAUAAUAGUGACCGGAGAGGCGGAGAUUCAUGGCGGUGGCGCGGCUCAUACGACCUCUAAGACAAUGGCCGCAAGUGCAGAACCGUUACUGCUUUCUCACAGCUCUCGAUCACCUUCUAUUCUCAUCCUCACCGGUGACGGUAGCUACUAAAGUCACCUUGCAUUCUUUCUCUUUCGCGACGGUUACUUCCUCUAGCCGGAACGUCCGUCACCGGUCGCGCGGACUCAUAUUGCCUAAUUCUCCUACGCUGCCUGAUCUCCAAAAGGAAGAUGGCGAGACCAGUGAUUCGGAUACCGAUGUGAAGAAAAGCCGCAACCAGAAGAAGCGCGAGGCCCGGCGCGCCGUCCGUUGGGGCAUGGACCUCGCCUCCUUCUCCACUCCCCAAAUCAAACGCAUACUUAGAGUGGCGGCUCUCGAACAAGAAGUAUUGGAGGCUUUAAUGUUAGUGAAGAGACUCGGGCCGGAUGUUCGAGAAGGAAAGCGUAGGCAGUUCAAUUAUAUUGGGAAACUGCUACGAGAAGUAGAACCUGAAUUAAUGGAUUCAUUGAUUCAGGCUACGAAAGUUGGUGAUCAGAAAACACUGCAACAUCUAGCUUGUUUGCAGCCACAAAUCAUUGAAAAUGAGGAUGAUGAUGAAGAAUCCGAAAGUGAGGAUGAAGAUCAGGUAUCACAAGCUCACACCAAUAUUGCAAGUAGAUGGUUUGAUGGCUUGAUCAGUAAGGACAUAACAAUUACAAAUGAAGUUUAUUCGAUUAACAGCAUUGAUUUUGAUAGACAGGAACUACGCAAACUUGUACGUAGAGUACACAUGAUGAAAGACAAAAGACAAGGUGUUAUAGAGGAAAAUGAUGGGGCGCAAAUAGAUGCAGAAAUAAUGGGUGCCAAAAAGUCCCUCACCCAUUUCCUUAGAGGCAUUGCUAGGCAAUUACCAAAUGAAUAACAUCUGAUUACUUGUAACAUUGUCAUUCUUCUGUGCAAUAAAUUAAUAUUGUUGACCUAGGCAUAUGAUUCAAGCAUAGCCAAUUAAAAAUUUAUUUGUAUUUAUGCUAAGAACUUUGUAACUUCCAGCAAGUAUUACAGAUCUUUAUAUAUGAGCUAGUGUUUGUUUCCCCUUAUCUUCUUUUCUCUUGCACUGUGAACAUUUUAAAUUA